AUGCAAGAUGAGCUCAGGAUCUUCACACCAGUUGGCAUGCUUGGCUACGGCUUUGACGAGUCUAUUUUCUGGUCUGCUGUGUCAGAUGGGGUGGAUGCAAUCAUUUGUGACUCUGGCUCAACGGACAGUGGCCCAGCCAAACUCGCUCUUGGUACAAUGUCUUGCCACAGAGAAGCAUACGCUUCCGAGCUAGAACGAUUUAUGCUCGCUGCUCACCAUUAUAGAAUUCCCAUUCUAAUUGGGAGCGCCGGGGGUGAUGGGUCUAACGAUCAUGUUGAUGUCUUUGUGGACAUAAUCAAUGAGAUUGUUUCUCGGCGUCAGUUGAGACCUAUGAAAGUUGUCAAAAUUUAUUCUGAAGUCUCCAAGGAUCUAGUACAAUCCAAACUUGCUAGAGGUCGUAUCACUCCAUGUGGUGAAGCAGUACCUCAAUUAUUUCCAGAAGAUGUGGAAGAAGCUAGCCGCAUCGUCGCCCAGAUGGGUAUUGAGCCUUACCUCAAAGCCAUGGAGGAGCACCCUGAUUUCGAUGUCAUUAUUGGAGGUCGCUCCUACGACCCCGCUCCAUACGCUGCAUUUUGCGUACAUAAUGGAUUCACCGAUCUAGGUCUUGCAUGGCACAUGGGGAAGAUUAUGGAAUGUGGUGCCCUGUGUGCAAAGCCAAAGAGCCGCGAAGCAUUGGCCAUUAUUCGGCAUGACAGCUUUGAUCUUCGUCCAUUGAAUCCAGCCAGUCGAUGCACAUCAGUCUCUGUCGCAGCGCACACACUUUACGAGAAGACAAGGCCUGACAUCCUAAUAGGACCAGGAGGAUCUCUGGAACUCCAAAAUGCAACGUACGAAGAGCUCUCAGAUAAUCGCACCGUUCGAGUUCGUGGAGCACGAUUCAUUGCCGUGGAAGAGGGCCAGUAUACAGUCAAACUCGAGGCUGCACGGACCCGUGGUUAUCAUAGCUGUUUCUUUGGUGGAUUUAGUGAUCCUAUUCUAAUCUCCAAGAUUGACAAAUUUCUCCAGAGCGUCAAAGAUCACGUUGCCUCUGUUUGCAAAUUCACGUAUGAUCUGAAAUUGACUACUUAUGGAUUAAAGGAUAAUAUUAGAAGGGGUUUGUCCCCUAGCAUCGCUAUUCAUGGGGAUGCGAGGGCGGAAACCCAGGAUCAAGCUACUAGAGUGAUUAAUGCUGCGCGUAUUGGUUGCAUGCAUGGAUCGUAUCCCGGUCAAGUAGCAAGCUCGGGAAAUUUUGCGAUGCCUUCUGCCCCUCUUGAUAUUCCAAUGGGGAGAGUGUGCGAAUUCUGCAUUUAUCACCUAAUGCCGGUUGACGACCCCAUUUCUCUGUUCCCGUUUACGGCGGAGGUGAUAAAGAAACAAGACACUGACGGGGAGGCUGCGGAUCUGAUGCUCCCUAUUCAUCCUAAGAAGAAACUUCAACCCGUUACAAACCAAAAUCCGGAAAGCAAGAGUGCGAAAAUCGGAAUUCUAAAUCCUCCUGCACCACCUGGAAUGACCUACUUGGGUGAACUUGCAUCGGUAAUUCGUUCCAAAAAUGCUGGACCAUACGAGUUGACAUUCGACAUUAUGUUUGAUUCACUGGCUAAGUAUUCCCAUGCGAAGUCGUCAGGAGCACUUGACGUUCCCAGAUUUGCGGAGAUAUAUAGUAUCAAAGUAUCGGAUAUCGUGGCAGCGGUAUGGUGGGAGCCAGCCAUGGCGCUGAAGGUGACUGUGAAACGCCCUAUUGUUUCGGGGCGUUUUGGAGAAACGGACACUCAUGGAAGUUGCCAGCAUGUCAAGCUUCUGUGGGUCUUAAUUCCAUGUAUGGAUGAGCAUGAGAAGCAAUAA